AUGGUGUCAGUAAUUUUGAAGGAAACUAGAGAUUAUGCUGCAAAUCUUGGAAUUGAGAAAUUGAUUGUAUGGUCUGAUGGUUGCUCUGCUCAAUAUAAAUCUAAACUGCCAUUUUAUUUUGCUGCUGAAGCACCUGAUGAGCGAGCUUACUUUGGUUCCUGUCAUGGGAAAGGUCCAUGUGAUGCCUGUGGUGGUGUUGUCAAACGAAUUGUAGAUGAUGAUGUCAUGUCUGGAGAUGUAAUAAUACAGAGUGCUGAAUCCAUGUACAAUUAUCUGAGUACAAUGUAUGGAAUUCCAAAACAGUUUCAUACUCACACUCUUCGGUCGUUCAAGUUGAUCAGUCAAGUGAUAUUAAUCAAUCGUUCCCAUCAUAAGCACUAA